AUCAUUCCUGUGAUGGGACCGGGGGCAGGACUUCUGUCCAAGUCGGAGUAGAGGAAACCAAAGUAUCAGAGAUCAGGGAGGCAGCGCAUACUCAUACAGGCCGUAGCCACUGUUAUCUCCAUCGGCUGAGGAUUUGUCGUUAGUGAAAAUGACCCAGUUCGUGCAGGGCAUGUUAUAUUUAUCGGUUCUGGUGGCCUUCGCCGCCUGCAACGCUCCUCCGGUACCGUUAGACGACAUCCUCAUUGAGAAAACUUUCGUGCCAGAGCAGUGUGUGCGCGCAGUCAAAGUAGGGGAUUAUGUCAGGUAUCAUUAUAUCGGCACCUUUCCGGACGGCAAAAAGUUCGACUCCAGCUAUGACCGUGGCAGCACCUACAACGUGUUUGUUGGCAAAAAGCAGCUGAUCGAAGGGAUGGACAAAGCUCUGGUGGGAAUGUGUGUCAACGAGAGGAGUCUGGUGAAGAUCCCCCCUCACCUCGCCUACGGAAGUCGGGGAUAUGGUGACAUCAUCCCUCCUGAGUCCAUCCUUCACUUUGACGUCCUGCUGCUCGAUGUGUGGAACCCAGAGGACGGCGUCCAGAUCAACACCUACCACACACCAACAGUCUGCUCCAGAAAGGUGGAGGUGUCUGACUUUGUUCGUUACCACUAUAACGGCACCCUGCUGGAUGGGACGCUCUUUGAUUCCAGCCACACCCGCAUGCGAACCUAUGACACUUACGUUGGGAUUGGGUGGCUGAUCGCUGGUAUGGAUCAGGGACUUCUGGGAAUGUGUGUUGGAGAGAGACGCAUCGUCACUAUGCCACCAUCACUUGGAUAUGGAGAGAAUGGAGACGGCAGCGACAUCCCAGGACAGGCCUCCUUGGUGUUUGAUGUCGUACUGCUGGACCUCCACAACCCCAGAGACCGGAUCACAGUGACUAAUCAGGAGAUACCUGAGCCCUGCACAAGGAAGAGCGAGGCUGGAGACUUUGUACGCUACCACUACAACGGCAGCCUCCUCGAUGGAACAUUUUUUGAUUCCAGCUACUCUCGUAAUCGUACCUAUGACACCUAUGUGGGUCAGGGCUACGUGAUUUCUGGCAUGGAUGAGGGUCUGAUCGGAGUUUGCGUCGGAGAGAAACGCACCAUCACCAUCCCCCCACAUCUCGCCUAUGGAGAGGAGGGCACAGGCUCUAAGAUCCCUGGCUCAGCUGUGCUGGUGUUUGACGUUCACAUCAUCGACUUCCACAAUCCAUCAGACAACACUGAGGUCGUCGUCACUCACAAGCCGGAGGAGUGUGAUAAGCAAACUAAGAAGGGAGACUUUGUCAAAUAUCACUACAAUGCCAGUCUGAUGGAUGGCACGUCCAUCGACUCCACGUAUAAUUAUGGAAAGACGUACAACAUCGUCCUUGGAGCCAACCAGGUCGUCCCGGGGAUGGAAGAGGGGCUGAUGGAAAUGUGUGUGGGAGAGAAAAGACACGUUAUUAUUCCUCCACACCUGGGCUAUGGAGAAAGAGGAGUCACUGGUGAAGUUCCCGGGAGCGCUGUGCUGGUGUUUGACAUCGAGCUGAUAGAGAUGGAGGAAGGACUUCCAGAAGGCUACAUGUUCAUCUGGAACGACGAUGUGUCACCUGACCUUUUCGCUGAGAUGGACAAAGACGACGACAAGCAGGUGGAGCCCUCUGAGUUUACUGACUACAUCCUGCGUCAGGUGAAUGAGGGUAAAGGCCGCCUGGCUCCUGGCUUCGAUCCCUAUCGCAUCAUUGACAACAUGUUCUCCAACCAGGAUCGUGACGGAGACGGAAAGAUCACAGAGGCAGAGUUCAAACUUAAAGCAGAUGAAUCUGCCACUCAUGACGAACUAUGACGGGACUGAGUGAAAAACUCAGAUCAGGGUCUAUGCUGAAGGGUCAGACAGUGGGGGGUUAUAAUUCAAAUGUGGGUGGUAGAGUAGAAAAAGAUGGAGUUGUAUGUGUGAAGAAAGCAAGUGUGGAGUGAGGAAUGUGCUGAGAGUUUUUUUAUUUUUUAUUUUGAAGACUUAUAUGAUGGUCAGAGGGCGUCCUGUCCUCAAAGAGCCAAAUGAGUCUGAGAAGAAAGAGAGAACAUUUAGGAAUGAGAGCUAAAUAUUGGAAAGAAAUUUGAGGACUUUAAUGACAGUGAAUGACUUUUUUUUUUUUACCUCUUCCCCGAUCAAGUUCUUGUCUUGUUUUAUGUGAUGUUUUUGUUUUAUUUUGAAGGGUACAAAAGCACUCCAACAAACCAAGGCCUCACUCCACAGUAUCUACAUUCAACACUCUUUCCUGACUUUUAUUGUUGUUAGCAUUUUGUGAUGGUGCGUGAAACUUUGUCUUCCAGGAGCAAUGAGUUUUAUUUACAUAGUUUACACCUUCCACAUGUUUAUACGUCAGGAUGCCUUCUGUGUUUUCUGCUGUUCAGAUCAUCCAAAAAUGACACUGAAAAGUCCCAAGAAUUUACAGUCUUUCAGUCUCUUUUGGUCAACUAGUUCAUCGUACACCGCUUGUUUUUGUCUUCAUUCCAGUGUCAACACCUUACUGUGUGUGCAUGUGUGUGUGUGUGUGUGUGUGUGUGUGUGUGUGUGUAAGAGAGAGAGAGAGAGAGAGAGAGAGAGAGUGUGUGUGUGACACAAAGAGAGAAAAAAUGUAAAUGUUGUUUUUGUUUUAUGUUUUCAUUCAGAAGAAUACUGAGGCUUGUUGGCGACAAUGUCAACACAAAUUUUGAUUAAAUGACCUGACCUAAAUACAUG